CCCGCCCCCAGUGACACAAUAGCAGCUCCCUCCAAGAUGGCGGCGGCGACGGCAGACCCGGGAGCUGGGAACCCGCAGACUGGGGACUCCUCCGGUGGGGACGCAGGGGGCGGGCUACCGUCACCCGGAGAGCAGGAAUUGAGCCGGCGCCUGCAGCGCUUGUACCCUGCUGUCAAUCAGCACGAAACGCCACUGCCGCGAUCCUGGAGCCCCAAGGACAAGUACAACUACAUCGGCCUCUCCCAGGGAAACCUCCGUGUCCACUACAAAGGACAUGGCAAAAAUCACAAAGAUGCAGCCUCGGUGCGUGCCACUCACCCCAUCCCUGCCGCCUGUGGUAUUUACUAUUUUGAAGUGAAGAUUGUCAGCAAAGGAAGAGAUGGGUACAUGGGAAUUGGACUCUCAGCUCAAGGCGUCAACAUGAACAGACUACCUGGUUGGGACAAACAUUCCUAUGGUUACCAUGGCGAUGAUGGACAUUCCUUCUGCUCCUCGGGGACGGGCCAACCCUAUGGUCCCACAUUCACCACAGGGGAUGUCAUCGGCUGUUGUGUCAACCUCAUCAAUGGCACCUGCUUCUACACCAAGAAUGGCCACAGCCUUGGUAUAGCCUUCACAGAUCUCCCGGCCAACCUCUACCCCACCGUAGGCCUGCAGACACCUGGGGAGAUUGUGGAUGCCAACUUUGGGCAGCAGCCAUUCCUGUUCGACAUUGAGGACUAUAUGCGGGAGUGGCGUGCCAAAGUCCAGGGCACUGUCCACGGCUUUCCUAUCAGUGCCCGGCUUGGCGAGUGGCAGGCGGUGCUGCAGAACAUGGUCUCAUCUUAUCUGGUGCAUCAUGGGUAUUGUGCCACAGCCACGGCUUUUGCCCGAAUGACUGAAACCACAAUUCAGGAAGAACAGGCAUCCAUAAAGAACAGACAAAAAAUCCAGAAGCUGGUGCUGGAAGGCCGGGUGGGCGAAGCCAUUGAAACAACCCAGCGCUUCUACCCUGGGCUACUGGAGCACAACCCCAACCUGCUCUUCAUGCUCAAGUGUCGACAGUUCGUGGAGAUGGUGAAUGGCACCGACAGUGAGGUCCGCAGCCUGAGCUCGCGAAGCCCCAAGUCCCAGGACAGCUACCCUGGCUCCCCCAGCCUCAGCCCCCGACACGGCCCUAGUAGUUCCCACAUGCACAACACAGGAGCAGACAGUCCCAGCUGCAGCAAUGGCGUUGCAUCCACCAAGAACAAACAGAACCACAGUAAAUACCCCGCACCCAGCUCCUCUUCCUCAUCCUCGUCCUCCUCGUCCUCCUCUUCCCCGUCCUCCAUCAAUUACUCCGAGUCCAACUCAACAGACUCCACCAAGUCCCAGCCCCACAGCAGUACCAGUAACCAGGAGACCAGCGACAGCGAGAUGGAGGUGGAGGCAGAACAUUACCCCAAUGGCGCGUUGGAAAGCAUAUCCACGCGCAUUGUCAAUGGCGCCUACAAGCACGAAGACCUGCAGACAGAUGAGUCGAGCAUGGAUGAUGGGCAUCCGCGGCGGCAGCUCUGCGGGGGCAACCAGGCUGCCACAGAAAGGAUCAUCCUGUUUGGCCGAGAGUUGCAGGCAUUGAGCGAGCAGCUGGGCAGAGAAUACGGCAAGAAUUUGGCCCACACGGAGAUGCUGCAGGAUGCCUUUAGCCUACUAGCAUACUCAGACCCCUGGAACUGCCCUGUUGGCCAUCAGCUUGAUCCCAUCCAGAGGGAGCCUGUGUGUGCUGCUCUCAACAGCGCCAUUUUAGAGUCCCAGAACCUGCCAAAGCAGCCUCCUCUGAUGCUCGCCCUGGGCCAGGCAUCUGAAUGUCUACGGCUCAUGGCCCGAGCAGGCCUGGGGUCUUGCUCUUUUGCCAGAGUUGAUGACUACUUGCACUAGCUGACCUUCCUGGCUGGCUCUGGCUGGCCAUCCUUCAGCCCUAGGGCUGGAGCAACCCUGCCCUCCAUAGGCACCUGGUACAGAGACCUGGAAGCCAUGGGCAGAGUCCCACUCCUCCUACCUGGCCGGUCUUCCCUCCCUCCCGCUCUCCUUUCUCCCUCCCUUGUCCUUUCCUCCUUUUCCUUCUCUUUCCACGUGCAGCGGCCUGUGACACAGUAUUGGCUGGUUACUCAUGUAGCGGCUUCUCCUUUAAAGGAGAUUUUGUUUUGAGGAGAGAUUGGGUUUUUUUGUUGUUGUUUUUUUUUUUUUUUAAACUUUUUUUCCUCCUGACUGAGCCACCAGUGUUUAUCUCGGGAGAGUUUGUGCUGAGCUGGUUUCUGCUAAUUUAGUAAUGAAGCCUAUCCAGGUUGAUGAUAGCUUAUUAUUUUCAUAAGUAAAAAAACAAACAAACAAAUGAGAUUAUAUAUAUAUAUAAAUAUAUAUAUAUUAAAAAAAAGACACAGUAUUUAUCAUAGCACUAGUGGUCCAGCACCUCUUGGGUGAGGCUGUCCAGACACCAUGUGUUUUUAUUUGAGUCCAACUCAUUAAAAAAGAAUCAUCUCUUGUCACUUCAAUCAAGUGAUUUGUUUAUUUUAGGCUCCCCUUUUGUUGAGCCACAGGUUCAGCUGAGGCUGCUUGGUGGGCAAGGUCAGGCUAAGCUGCUUUGCAGCAUCCCAAGAGGUGUGGGUCUCUAGGCCCCUUAUAGGUAGACAAAACACAGAAGUGCAGGUUCGGGGAUUCAGGGACGUGAGGUGGCACAGGGGCACACAGCAAAGCAAGGGAACACAGGGUCUGUAGCCAGCACGCUGUCUACCACUCCACCCUGCCUCACUGCCUGCCUUGCCCCUCUCUCCCAUCUCAGUGCCCUGCCUUCCCUUGUUGUUAAGAUGGCCAAAUAAUUCAUUACUCUCAGUUGAAUGCCUGGAAACUACCUGCCUUCAACCCAAGAGCUGCUGUAUGCCAGGCUGGAAGACUCCGUUCCCAGGACAGAGGCCCUAACGACAGGCUGGCUGCUUUCCUCCUGCCUGGGUCUGCAUCACUGCCCAGCUCUGAUGGGAUUGAUGUUUCCUGUGGAGAAGUUGGUACCUCGUGGAGGCUGGUUCUCGGACCACUGGUCCAGAGUGGAUGGAACCUUUGGCUUCCUGGUCCAGAUUUCCCUACAGCUAUGGGAGGCUGCUCCCUACAGCUUGGCCCCAGCGACUCUUAGGAAGAGGAGACUUCAUGGGCCUUACAAUGUCCCACCAGCUGUUUCACAUGGAUCCUCACAGCUGGUGGAGCAACAACAAAAAACCCCACCACCACAGGGCUGAGAUGCUGCCAGGAUGUGGGUGGGCCAUCUGUGGAGGGGACUAUCUGCCAAGGAAGAGGAGGGUCUAUGGAGAGGAGACCUGGAGGGGCCAGGUCUCUUUACCUGCUUCACAGGGUGAGUGAAAAGCCCAGCAGCCUCUGCAAAGAGCAGGCAGAGCCACAAGUGGGCUUCCAGUCCCUGCCUGCAUCUGCAUCUGGGCUGGGUGAGC